AUGGCCACAAUCAGUCAAAAGCAUUGUUUCGAGUCUUGUAGAGAGAACCCACAGUGUAUAAAGUACACCUAUGCCAUUGGUGAAUGUAUUCAACUCGUUGGAAAAGAUGCUGUGCCAGACGUUCUGUUCUAUCCUCGUAGACCAUACACUCUCUUUAAGAGAUUUACAUGUGACCUUUCCACUGCUGUCCCUUUGUCUCACUCAACCACUGAGCCAGUACCUUCAAAUACAACUCCAGAGCUAGAACCUACAGUAACAUCCACAGAGCCAAGACACUUAGGGUUAACCCCAGAGAAAGAACCUUCAUGUGCACUCACAGAGAAAGAACCUUCAACGGCACUCCCAGAGAAAGAACCUUCAACUACACACCCAGAGAAAGAACCUUCAACUACACUCCCAGAGAAAGAACGUUCAACUACACUCCCAGAGAAAGAACGUUCAACUACACUCCCAGAGAAAGAACGUUCAACUACACUCCCAGAGAAAGAACCAAUAACUACACUCCCAGAGAAAGAACCUUCAACUACACUCCCAGAGAAAGAACGUUCAACUACACUCCCAGAGAAAGAACCAAUAACUACACUCCCAGAGAAAGAACGUUCAACUACACUCCCAGAGAAAGAACGUUCAACUACACUCCCAGAGAAAGAACCUACACCUGCACUCCCAGAGAAAGAACCUACACCUGCACUCCCAGAGAAAGAACCUUUUCUUACACCUCCUAUAACUGACAAAAUUUACAAGCAGCAACCUUCAGGGGAAUAUAUAGAGGUAGAUCCUACAGUUUACCGCCAACAACAUCCAGAAAAGUCUCUAAAAAGUACCACUGACAAACAGCCAAAGCGAAAAAUUCCCCUUCUAAACCUGCUGAUGAGCGGUAAAGGACUGUGUUUGAGAGCUGGCGACCAAGAGAAGACGGUCGAAGGUGAGAUUGGCAGCAGCAUGACAGGCGAGCAGCCGUCUAUCACCAUCAACGUGCUAAUGAUGCCUCCUUAUCAACAGGACAGUUCCAGACCAUGA